GCAAUGGUAACCCCAAUAAUAACCCCCUCCCACUAGGAAACCCCCCAAGCUCAACCAGUGGGUUACCUGCAGCCCCCAUGCUAAACCGCGAUCCCCCUUCCUCACCCCAAAACAACCCCAGCCACCCUACCCUACCCCCCCACCCACAUCCUCAAAGCGCCUCCAAACGAGACUACCCCCCAUCGAUGGACCAGGGACAGACAAGGCACAGUCCCCCCUCUGGACCAGAACACUUCCACAGAGAGUACCCUCCUGGGGCCAAGGAAUAUCCCCCUGGUGGCCCACCCUCCACCGGCCCGGCCCGUGAGUACCCCAGCCCUCCCGGAAUGACUCCAAACCUGGGCCGAGACUACCCAGGUGGACCUCAGAUCCCCCACCUGCCCCACCCCCACUUUCCAGCCCAGCAGCCCAGAGACAGGGACCGAGAGAGGGACACCAACCAGCGAGAGUCGUCUCUCUACCAAAACCGUGGAGGUCCCCCCCAACCCCCGUCCCUUUCUCCCUCCUCUGCCUCCUCAACUCCUCAUGGACACCCUCCGAAUGCUCCUUACCCUCCUCCGCCACCUCCUCCCCCUCUCCCCACUCUCCAAACUUCCCUCGCUCAGCCCCAACCCCCCUCCGGCCUGGGACCCAAUCACGUUCGUCCGGCAAAUUACCCUUCCUCCAAUCAGACUCCUGCAACACCCCUCUCUCCUUUACUAAACCCCUCGACCAAUCAGAUGGGAGGUUUUCCUUCCUACCCGCCAGGCUCCUCCUCCGGGGCCAACAUGUCACUUCCUGGUUCAGGUGUGUCACCUGGCUGUCGGCCCUCACCCUUCCACAGCACUUUGAACAGCCACGCCCCCUUCAGCGGCCCCUACCACUCCAAUGGGAACAGUGGGAACAGCCUGGUCCCGACUAACAGCAAUAGUAACAGUAGCAGUGGCAGCAGCCAUACCAACUCUCUCUCUCAGUCCCUCUCACCUCAAAACGCCUCAAAAGGACCCCCACCUCUUAGUAACCCCGGCAACAACAAUGGCACUUCGGCCCCUGGCUGUAGCUCCUCACUUCCUAGAGAUGGGCAUUCUGAUUCGUCCACAGGUCCACCUCCCCCACCUGUCAUCAAGGAGGAACCAAUAGAGGAGAGGGAGGAGAGUGAAAGCCCACCUCCUGUUUUGAGAAGCCCCUCCCCUGAGCCCAAGCCGGUGGACAUUCCGAUCCACGCCAGCCAAUCAGCACGGUUCCACAGGGUUCUAGAUCGGGGCAGUGGAAACUCCUGCGCCCGCAGCGACGUUCUCUUCGUCCCCCUGGACGGCUCCAAACUGUGGAAGAAGAGGAACGAGGUGAUCGAGAGAGCCCGGAGAGAGGUGGAGCAGAGGGCCAGAGACCUGAGGGAGAAAGAGCGGGAACGAGAGAGGGAGAGAGAGAGGGAGCGGGACCUGGAGAGGCAUCUACAACAACAGAAGGACAAUAACAAUGCAAAUAUACAACGCCAGGGAUCCUCUCUCUUCUUCCCCUCCUCUUCCUCCAUCCUCCUCGACCCUAACUCUUCUUCAAACCCUGGGUCUCACCCUCAACCUCACCCCCAGCAGCACCACUCCCACCCUCACCCCCACGCUCACCUCCACCCCAGCCACCUCCACCCCUCCCUCUCUCAACACAUCCCACACUCCCUCCUCAUGCAGUCAAUGGGGGGUUCAACGGUGAUUGGCCCACAGGGGGCUCUGGGGAUCGGGUUAGGAGGGCCAUACCUGGGCCCUGACACCCCGGCACUGCGGACCUUGAGCGAGUACGCCCGGCCCCACGCCAUGUCCCCCCUCGGGGCUAGUCGCCAACACCAACACCCACAUGUCCACCAUCAUGGCCACCCUCAUGGCCACCCCCAUGUCCACCCCUCCUUCUUCCUCCCCCAGUUCCAGAACCAUGCUCUGGCCCACCCACAUCACAUGCCUGCUGAUGCAGCCACAGCGGCAGCUAUCUUGGGUUUCCUCUAUGGGGGCAGUAUGGAGGGAGGGCCAGGGGGGCAUGGAGGAGGACAUGGGGGGAUGGGGGGUGCAGGGUUAGGGGGGAUGGGGUUUCCCCAUGCAGUGGCAGCCCACCGUGAGCGCAUGAAGCCGGGGUUUGAGUUUAAGAGUGAGGACAGGGUGUACCAGCCGGGCUCCUUGGGAGAUCCUACGGCUCUCGCCCUCGCCCACUCCCACUCGCAUGCCCACGCACACGCUCAUGCACAUGCUCACUCCCUACUGCUGGGGGGAGGGGGUGGAGGUGAGGUGUCCAUUUACGGCACCCCCCCUCCCCAGGCUCCUCCACCCCCACCACCACCCCUCCAGAACCCAGCGUUAGCCCCACUCCCUCCCCCCAUCUCACCCCCCACCUGCCCCGGCCCCGGUGACCGCCCCUCCUGA